GCGAUGUUUAAUUCCAUUGAAUAAAUUAAAUUCAACUGUCCAAAUUUUCCCAUUGGUUAUAAUGCCGGAAUGACUACCCGUCAAUAUAUAAAAAUCCGAAUGAAAAAAGCUUCGUGAAAUAAAACAUGAGUUCGAAAUGUUUUGUACCAAGUUGUAAAAAUAAUGUAGGAAUAGCUUUUCCUGAAGAUCCAGAAAUUAAAGAAAAAUGGUUAGACAUUCUAGGUAUUCCACAUUUACAGCCCAAACCGUCAAGCUUUGUUUGUCUAGACCAUUUUCAAGACGAUGAAGAUUUAGAUGAAAUACCAAAUACUGAAUCUGGAAAGAUCAGUAGCAAUUUAAAGCAAGUUACUACUAAAACAAAUCCAGAUCAAAUUGUAAUUGAAGGAAAAAUUGUAAAGAUUGGAAGCAUAGAAACUGAAAAACCUGAAAGUCAUGGAGAUGAAGAAGCAGAUGAUCCAGAUCAGUCUCAGGAAAAUGUGUCUUCUGAACAUACAGAAAUAUGCAGAUUAUGUAUGGAGCAAAAGGAAGAUACUAAAAAUAUAUUUGUUGAAGAAAUUGAAGAUAGUAUACCCAUUGUAUUUGCAAUCCUAGCCUGUAUUCAUCCAAUUGAGAUUUCAUAUGAAGACAAUUUAUCAAAAAAUAUAUGUAUAGAUUGUUUGAACAUACUUCAGGUGUGUUUUAAGUUUAGAUCAGUUUGUUUAAAAAAUGAUAAAAUCCAAAAACAAUCCUUAAGGACUCAAGCUUCCCCAAUUAUAAAAAAGCAAAAACGGAAGGGCGAAGAAACAACAGAGCAAGUUAAAAAGAAAACAAAAUCUGCUGACCAUGAAGAUAAGUAUGAUGAACUAGAAGCUAUAAAUGAAUUUUUAGUUAAAAAAGACGGAAAGGAAAUGAUCAAGACCGAAGAUACCAAAAAUAUGCAUGAUGACAAAAUAUCCCAGAACAAUAAUUCUCAAAAUGAAUCUAUGAAUAGAAUGGAAGAAGAACUUCGGAAAGUUUUAGAAGGAUCAUUGUCUGAAGAGCAUGCUAGUGCUGAUAAUAUUAUAAUACAUAUUGAGAAUGAUGAUGACGACGAUGAUUAUAGUGCAGAUGAUACUGAGGAAACUUUAUCAAAUAUUGAUCUUCCAGUAGGUAUAGGCGAUUCUCAAAAAACUACCAAAUCAAAGCGGGCAGUGCUGCAUGAAGAUUAUUCUUUGGAUAAACCUGAAAAUAUUCGUUCUAAGGAAGCUAAUGUAAAUAGUGGAAAGGGAUUUAAGUCUAAUAUUGGAGUAUUUGAAGGAACACCCAUAACUUAUUUUUAUGAUGUCCAGUUCUGUGAAGUUGAUGAUUAUUUAUUUGAGUACAGGAUUGCUAAACAGACUCAGAGGAAUAUGAGAUGUUUACUACCAUCUUGUUCGGCUACAGCAGUGCAAAGUAGAUUAGAAAAAUAUGAAUAUAGUAAUGAAGUAACAGUAUUAACACCUCAUAAUCAUAAAUGCCCCGAUGAGUCUGAACAGAAGAAGCAAAUGUUUUUCUAUGUAAUGAAAAGGAAAAUGCACAGUGAUAAGACACUUAAAUUCAAGAAUGUUUAUGAUGAUGUUUGCCAAAAGGAUCCUGAAAUCAAGCAACUUAUCCCGCUCAGAAAUGUAAUUAAUGAGAUAUGUCGUCAUCAAUUCAAUCAUAAACUGAUUCCUAUUACAUCUUUUGACAUUUUAUGUAAUCACAUCGAAGAUGAUGCUUAUCAAAAAUUCCAAUUUACCCUUGAGGGAGCGCAAUUUUACCAAGAAAAGUUUACUGCUGAAGAUAAUGCCAAAGCUAUUGUAUUUGCGAAUCUUGAUACAAUUGAGGAAAUGUCUGAUAGUGAGUUGAUGUAUAUCGAUGCAUCUUUCAAAAUUGAAAGUGGGGAAUCGUUUGCAUAUCAGCUAGUGACCGUUCUAGUUUGGAUUGAAGAAAGUUAUUAUCCAAUAAUGUUUGCUUUGGUUAAUUACAAAACCCAAGAAAUCUAUAAAAAGAUUUUUGAAUUUUUGCAUGACACCUUAGCUCCAAGACUUAGACCAGAUGAAAUUGUAACGGAAUACGAAUCUAACCUGUACUAUGCUCUAGGAGAAAUAUAUGUCGAUUCUAGUAUUGGAGGGUCUGCAUUUUACUACACACAGAAUAUCUACAAAAAGAUAUGUUAUUUAGAUUUGGCAAAAGAUUUGGAAACAAACACUUAUUUUAGAAAUGUUUAUCAUAUGUUACUGAUGUUGCCCUUAUUACCAGUGAAUACGAUAUUGGAUGGCUUUCAGAAUAUCCAAGCACAGGCUACUCAAAUGGGCAUUACACAUUUGACGAAAGAUCUGUUCGAACACAUGGAAUCCGAAUGGCUUAAUAAAGUUACUCCAGAUCUCUUCUGUGUCCAUCGAUUAGAAAAUAGAAUAAACGAGAACGUAAUAGCACCAUUCAAAAAAUUACGGGACUACAUAAUGUUAUCUAAAGGAAAAAGAAACGUACCCGACAUUAUGGUUGUAAUAGAAAAGCUCAUUGAACUGGAACAAUUCCUUCAUGUGACUUAUACAUCUGGCAAUAAAAAAUCUUUUGCUAGGGAUCUGAGUAGUGCUCAAAAGAAGAAUGUCUUAAGAGCUUGGCAGUUCAUAGAAACGCAUCCAAAGAUUAAUAUUAAUAAUUUCUUCUCUAGAGUUUUGGGUUACAUUAAAUGCAUGGAGAACCAGUUAUGGAUUUGGGGAUUUUAUAGAUAUAAAGGCGAGGUUACUGACGAACUGAUUAAUGCUUCCAAUUUCUCGAUAAUAUCUAGUGAUCUGGAACCAGGGGCAGAUAUGGUUGAAGUUGCAGAAAUGAGCGAGGAGGCACAAGAGGAGACUGAAAAUGAAGAAGAAAUUGAAAAAACUGAUGAUCCCACUCAAAUUGUUAUGGACGCAGUUAUAGAUGAAAAUGGCGGAUUUGUUUUAAAACCUAGAAAAAAACCGAAUAGUAAAACUUACAAUGUGACUUAUAAAUAAGAUUUUUUUAAUUCUUGAUUUCUUUAAAAUAUACAGUCAAUGAAUGUAGAUUUUAAUAUUUGUACAUACAAAAAUAAAAUUCUUUAAUUUC